AUGUCGGACAAGCACGAGUUGGGAUCAUCAGUGGCUCGGGCAGGGCCGGACGGAAGAACGGGCAAGGCUCGGCUCGCCGAUGUGCUGACGGCCGAGCAGCUGGGCGAGUGCAGGGCGCUGUUUGACGAGGCGGAUGCGGAUGGCAACGGGACCAUCGAUCCGGCCGAGGCGAUGGUCUUUCUCCGCCGUCUCGGCCUCAAUCCGUCGCAGGCCGCCAUUGACGAGUGGCUGGCCGAGUCGGACGCCGACGGCUCGGGCACAGUGACCUUUGAUGACUUUGUGGCCAUGUUUGUCAAGGAUCUGGUCCACGAGCACGACCAGCCGUCGCUCGAGGAGGCUUUUCGCAUCUUUGAUCUUGACGGCUCGGGCACUGUUUCGGUCGCUGAGUUUGUCCACAUUCUGACCUCCAUGGGCGAGCCGCUGACCGAGGACGAGGCCAGGGCCAUGAUCGCCGAGGCCGACGUUGACAACGACGGCGUCCUCAACUGCCGCGAGUUUGUCCAGCUCAUGCACUCGUGGUGAAGGCGUGGGCAGUGUUUGCUUGCUCUUGCUACGGCGAUGGUGAGACAGAGGCCAUCGCUCGCCGCAUGGUGCGCAUGGCCGACGAGAUGGUGAGAAAGUGUGACGGCGCCGGCGAGCUCUUGGCCGUUAUGCGGCACUUUGUUGGCGUCUGCCCAUACGGUGUCCGCUCCUGGAGCGGUGAGUCAUCCCAGCCCGAGCUUGUUUCGGACAUAAACGAUCCGUUGGUGCCUC